UCUACCACGCCCAGCCCAUGCGGCAAAUUCGCUGGGAGGGUGCUGCUGUUUCACCACCAACGCCCUCCGUUGUACCCAGCCAGACGCACAAGGUGCGUUUGGGCAAGGCGGUCUUGGUUACUGUCACCCUUAUUCCUAUGAUGGCUUUGCUUGUUUGCUCCAUCUCUUGUUUUGCGUGGAACAAGAGGCACAGAAAAGGUAAAGCGAGAUUUCACGACAAGGCUAAUAUGAAUGUCCAUGAAGAAGUAUUAGCUCUGGGAUUAGAAGGAAGGAAUUCCGAAUUCUCAUUCUUUGACUUUUCAGAAGUAUCAAAUGCUACAAGUAACUUUUCAGAUGAAAGUAAACUGGGGCAAGGUGGCUUUGGUCCUGUGUACAAGGGUCAGUUUCCUGAUGGGUCAGAGGUAGCUGUUAAGAGACUUGCUUCACAUUCUGGGCAAGGUCUUAUAGAGUUCCAAAAUGAAGUCAGACUCAUAGCCAAGCUUCAACACACGAAUUUGGUUAGACUAUUGGGAUGUUGCAUACAAGGAGAGGAGAAAAUACUGAUAUAUGAGUAUUUGCCAAACAGGAGCCUGGACUUCUUUAUCUUUGACCAAGCACGAAGAGCUUUACUUGAUUGGAACAAACGGCUAGCGAUAAUUGAAGGCAUAGCACAAGGAAUUCUGUAUCUGCAUAAGCACUCUCGGUUGCGAGUCAUACAUAGAGACCUUAAAGCAAGCAACAUUCUCUUGGACUGUGAUAUGAAUCCUAAAAUUUCUGAUUUUGGGCUUGCAAAAAUAUUCGGCUCAAAUGAUACUGAAGGAAACACAAAAAGGAUUGCUGGGACAUAUGGCUAUAUGGCUCCGGAGUAUGCUUCGGGGGGCAUUUUCUCAAUCAAAUCAGAUGUAUUCAGUUUUGGUGUGCUAAUUAUUGAAAUCGUCAGCGGAACAAGAAACUCUGGUUUCCAUCAGUUUGGCAACUUCUUCAACCUUCUUGGAUAUGCAUGGAAGUUGUGGAAAGAGGAAAGGUGGCUUGAACUCAUAGAUGCAUCCUUACCUCCGGAGGUUCAUGCAUUAGAGAUGAUGAGAUGUGUUAAAAUUGCAUUGUUGUGUGUGCAAGAGAAGGCAGUUGAUCGCCCCACCAUGUCAGACAUCGUUGCCAUGCUAAGCAACGAUACUAUGACCCUACCUGAUCCAAAGCAUCCAGCAUAUUUCCACGUAGAAGUAAGAAGUGAUCAGGGGUCAAAAGUUGAUGCUGAGCCACCUAGUGUUAAUGGUGUCACAGUAUCUGUCCUAAAUGGCAGGUAGUUUUACAUCUUGUAUUUUUUUCAGUAAUAUUGCUCUAGUACGGGUUACU